AGCAGGACUAAUGAAUCAUCAGAAUGCGCUGCACUUUCCUGGAAUCCAUGCUGACUCAUAAAUGGAUGGAUGUUACAACUGAGAGGGCAGUCUGUAGCUUUUGAGUGCCUGUUGUGGCUGAAAAAUAUGCAUAUAUAGCACUCUGAAGCCAGGUCUCCAGAGGAUACGGGCCAAAAUGACUAAACUUCAUGAAAUAGUAGACAUGAGCGUGAUGAAGGCCUACACUUUCCAUGCGGUCAUUGUCAUCAUAAAAAUGAUGCUGAUGAGCCCUCUAACAGGAUACUUGAGAAUGAAGAACCGGGCAUUCGCCAACCCUGAAGAUGCAGUAGCAUUUGGUAAAGGAGAGGCUGCCCAAAAGUAUCUCAGGACUGAUCCGUAUGUGGAGCGCGUGCGAAGACUCCAUCGCAACGACCUUGAGAACAUCAUUCCGUACCUUUUCAUUGCCUUCUUCUAUUCUUUCACGGGCGUCUCUGAAACCACAGCCUUGAUGCACUUCAGAAUAUUUACUGCGGCUCGACUCUUCCACACCAUUGCCUACCUACUGCCCCUUCCUCAGCCCUCCAGGGGUCUGGGUUUUGGGGUCGGUAUAGCUGUGACCUUUUCAAUGAUAUUCCAGCUUAUGUGGAAUGGCCUGGAUCUGUUAUAGAAAAUAAGCCUGCCUUCGUUACCACCAUAAUUGCCAUUCUAUGGUGGUUUUCAGAUUUUUGCCUUUGGGGCAUCUUUUCCACACCUUCUGCCUAGGGACUCCCCCCCCCCUGCCCCUCGCCACCACAACCUGCCUGCUACAGAACUCCCCAAUGCAUGGCAGAGCAUCCCAGGGCAUAUUCUAGGGCAGGGUUGGGGAACCUAUGAUCCACCUAACAUUGUUGGACCACAACUCCCAUCAUCCAUGACCACUGUCCUGUCCUGGCAGGGGCUUAUUGGAGUUUGAGUCUACUGGAGGACAGGAGGUUAUCCCUUGCCCCUUGCUCAGUUAAUGUGAGAACAAAACCAUACACUUUCCUGCAGAUGGACAUUACAGGGGAAGAUUCAUUAAGUCUUCCAGGGAAAUGUGCUUGCUCCUGGUUUACAUGAAGAAGGUCUGAUGUUCAACCCCUGCCAUCUCCAGUACAAAGGAUAAAAACAGAAAACAGUUAAUGGGGAAAUACCUUUGCCUGAAACCCUACAAACACAUUUAAAAGGCUGUAGAAUAUUAGUGGAACGUUUUCGCCUGGUGCCCAUGUAAUGAAGACACCAGGCGAGCCUCCCUGGGGAGAGCAUUCCACUAAUGGGGAGCCACAACAGAAAAGGCCCUUUCUUGUUUGCCACCCUCUGGGCUUCUUAUGGAGGAGGCACACUGAGAAGGGCCAAAGAUGAUGAACUCAGGGCUUGGGUCGGUUCAUAUUAGGAGACGUGGUCCCUUGUAUACAUUGUCUAGCAGUGGCUGUCCAAGGUCUUGCAGGAGUCUUUUCUAGCUAGUUGGAGGUGCCAGGGAUUGAACCCGAGACUUUCUGCAUGCAGGCAGAUACUCUACCACUGAACCACACUCCCUCUCUAACAAAGUUCAGACCAUUGCCUCGUCAGCUGUACGAUCAUUGCUUUAGUUCACCGAUUUUUAUGUGCAUGGGGUCAUAAGGUAGGUGAGCUCACAUGUAAAUGUAAAAACCUGCAUUUGCUUUUGAAUAUCAGAAGCUGGGAACUUAAAGAAAGAAUAGCUUGCGUUGUUAUGUCCUGCUUCUGAAUGUCUAGAUGACUUUGGUUGGCUAAUGUUGGAACAGAAACAGGGGGUGGAUGGAUGGAUGGAUACUUGGCCUGGUCCAGCAAGGCCAUAUUUAAGUUUGUUCACACAGUUGAGUUUUCCCAGUCAUAGGCACAUUUUUGUGGUGGUGGUCAUGUUCCUCCAGCUCCAGAUUCCCCAGAAAUUAAUUCAGUGUACAUUUUGAACCACAGCUCCCAUCAGCAAGUGUAGCCAACGGUCAAGGGCGAUGGGAGCAAAAUAAUGGCAUAAUAUCCAUGUUUUCCUACUUGCAAAUCAUUUUAUGUUUUCAGUAUUGAGUAAGGGCUCGUCCACACUUCUGCUUGUCCCAUACUUUAUUGGCAUGGUUGUGAGAGGUUUUUUUGUUUGCCCUGCUUCUUUCCCUGGGAAAACCCACUGUUUACCACUGCAAACCAAUCGAUAUGUGCUCCGGUUCAGCAGUAAACAGAGAGUUUCUUCUGGGGGGGGGGAGGGAAGGAGCAGGUCAAGUGGGACUGUGGAUGAGCCUUAAUUGCAGUGCCUCUGCAACAAAUG